ACUUGGGGCUGAAUCAAUUCGGCCCACGAUCUCGCCUCGUAGACGGUCCAUCAACGGCGCGGGAGCUGCCGGGCACUCGCGAAUCGCGCCUCGCGUAAGCUCUCGACACCACGCAUUCCCGUAAGCUUUACUUACAGCGGGGUAGGCCGGCCGCGAGAAACCGCGACCCCCAUGGACUUGACACCGUUGAUCACGUAUUUUGGUGCGGGAAGAUUUCGGGAAGAUUGUUCCUUCUUGCUCGCGUGGAAAAAAAGGGAAUAAUGAUAUAUCGUUCGGAUGGGAUUAAAUAACUCGACGCUUCGUUUUAUUUUCAUCGUGAUUGCUUCUCGACAGUGUGGACAGUGUAUUUUUUCCUCUUCUCCUUUUUCUUUUCGUUCUUUUUCUUUCUCGUUUACGGGGAACGAAAGGUUGUUUCGGAGGGGGGAGGGAGGGAAGAAGAAGAAGCGAGUUUAAUCAACGAUCGUAGAUUGUUAACGAUAGACAGAUAGAUCGCAGGAGGAGGGAGUGAUCGAUAAGAGAGCAUGAGGGGAAAUCGUGAUGAUUAAUCAAGAUUCCGUAAGAGAGAGGUGAUUGUUGGCGAUAAAGUGGAGUGCGUCACCGCGAGCCGUCAUCCUUGAGAUACAGGCCUCGUCGAGUGACGGAACGAGCGAAGGAAAAGAAGAAGAAGAAGAAGAAGAAGAAGAAGAAAAAGAAGGGGAAGAAAAAAAACCCUCGUUAUCGUUGUGGAAACAAAACUAUUAGCGCAAGAUAGCGAGGGAAUUCGCGCGGAGUGUUCGUGCGCUCGUGACAGUUGCCUCGUGAAAAUAAUGUCGGAAGACGAGCACGCUUCUCGUGCAACCUCGUUCCGUUCCUCUCAAACGUUCAACCUCAAUUUCGAUUAACACCCUCCUCCUUGUCGAUAAUCGAGAGACGAACGCAUUACAUUGGCGAGGGCGGAAUGGAUACAUCGGAAUGAGGAGGAAUUUGAAGAAACCGAGAGGCUCGAGAAGAGAUCGAAUGUGCGUGGAGAUGUGCCCGUGAAGCGAUCACGAUGGAACCGCGUGGGAUGAUGAUGUCGAACCUGUCGUGCGACGGGUGCGCGGACAGCGACCGAGAUUCCGACAGCAGCAGCAUGAUCGUGGACCCGGUGAGUUUGGACAAGAACGACCUGUCGCCGUCCCAGUCGUCGUCCAGCCCCAUAAUACCAAGCUCGCCCGUUCCACCGACCACCACGUCCUCCCGUAACCGUGGGGGGAGUCGCAGCAAGAAGAGCUACUCGAUGAUGUCGGGCGGGAACGGGCAGCAAAAGGGGAACGCGUCCGGCCAGGCUCCAUCCUCGUACGGGAACGACAAGAUGUCCUCGUCCCUGAUCAAGCCCCCUUACUCCUACAUAGCCCUGAUCACGAUGGCUAUCCUCCAAUCGCCCCAGAAGAAGCUGACGUUGAGCGGGAUAUGCGAGUUCAUCAUGUCCCGAUUCCCCUACUACCACGACAAGUUCCCCGCAUGGCAGAACUCGAUCAGACACAACUUGUCGCUGAACGACUGCUUCAUCAAGAUACCGAGGGAGCCGGGCAACCCGGGCAAGGGUAAUUACUGGACGUUGGACCCGCUGGCCGAGGACAUGUUCGACAACGGGAGCUUCCUGCGCCGAAGGAAGAGGUACAAGAGGCCUCCGCCGCACUACGUGCUCAGAGACAGAGCGAUCAUGGCCACGUUCGCCAUCUGCGGGGACCGGGGGCCCUGUCCUGGCGGGGGUGGCGGUCAUCCCGGGGCACUCGCCUACCCGAGCGCCGCGUACCUGUCCCCGCCGCCCGGCCUCCCCCUGCUCGACUUCUCGCCCUCGACCUUGGAGGCACUGAAGCUCGGCGGCUUCCUGGAGCCACCGCCACCGUUGUACAAACCUGUGCCGAUCACCGCGCCCCCGAUCAGGCAGAUCGAUCCCGCCCCGACGAGGACCACCGCGAUACCGAGCGGACAUCCGCCGGCAGAGAAGAAGAGGAACUUCAGCAUCGACGCUCUGAUAGGUAAACAGGCGGCCAACGAGCAGAACUGCGGCGGUCUGCUGGAUCUAAGCCCGUCGGAGCACAGGGAGAUCAGGAGCCAGGCGUCGGCCUUCUCCCCCCUGGUUUAGAGGAUCCUGUUGCGGAUUUCCUUCCGGGGGAUGUCUUGCGUCGAGAAAGGGGAAAGAGAAAACUGGGGGAACCUCGGUUUUUCCAAACGAACGAGGAAAGAGGUUCGAAGACCUUUUCUUCUUUUUUUUUUCGGAGGAUCCGAGAUGAGAAGAGAGAGGAGAUGGAAAGGAUCGAAUCGAAGGGAGAAAGAUGAGGGAGGUGAACGAGGGAGGUUGAAACGUACGGGUGAAAAUCAUCCAGAGGGGAAAGGAGAAGAAAAGAAAGAGGGAGUGACUAGUUUGAGGAAGAACGAUGGAAAGGAUAGGGGCGAUGGAGCGCGCCCAAAGGAAUUUCGAUUCUUCGAUUAAGUGUAUAGAACGACGGAGAAACGGAGGAGGAGGAGGAGAAAAGGAGAAGAAAAGAGACGCGACGAGGAGUCGGGUAAUUGUAAAAAGGUGUAGUGCAAUAGUGUAGUGGUUGGGUUUAAGUACGAGAAGAGGAAGAAGAGGGAGAAGAAGAGGAAAAA